AUGCACAACCUGCUCAGCGUUGCCAACAUCUUCCGCACAAGGUCUGAGGAGGGGAACCCGGCAAAGACCCCACUUCGCUCCACUCACGAAGCGUCGCUUCAAUUUCCCCUACCCUUUUUCUCCAAGUCCCACGAACAUCCCGCCCCGGCAACCCUCGCGUUCGUUGUCGAGUCGCCGCCCGUCUUAUUCUACCUUGACCCCGAACGCAGCACCGGCGCCCUAGUUUCUGGCCAGGUCGUCAUCGACGUCAAGGAGGAGCUACUUGAGGUGAACAGCGUGGCCGCCUCGGUCACCAAGACUGUGGUGCACAAGAAACCGUUUCAGAGCCAUUGCGAUGACUGCACUGCGCACGAAGAGGAGCUGCAACACUGGACCCUUGUGGCGCAACCCUUGCUCCUGUCUCGAGGUCUCCAUAAAUUCCCUUUCACCGGCAUCCUCGAGGGCCACCUGCCCAUCACCACCGAAACCAAUCUCGUGAGCAUCUCCUACGAGCUUCGCGCCACGACCCUCGUCUCCCGCCACCCCGUCACCCCCGAUGGCCCCGGGAUUCCCAUCUUCCACUCCGAACCCCUUCAAGUUCGCCGCAGCCUCCCCGAGACCGACGCGCCCCACAACUCGCAGGUUCUGUACCCCUCCGGCCGCAACAACCUCACCAUGGCCCUCGACGGGCUCACGACCAAGCUUGUCCAGGAGGACUCGCGAGCUCCCCGCUUCGUCUGCGACACCGUCACCGCCCAGGGCACCCAGAUCUCGCACUCCCUCCUCGUCGAACUCAUCGUCUCUCGUGCCCGCGCUCCGGCGUCCAAGCCCGAUGCCCUCGUCGACACGGGCACCGGCCGCAUCCUCCGCAUGCGUUUCCGCGUCUAUCUCACCGAUAAGCCCGGCUCCCGCGUCGCCUGGGAUGACGAAGCACCCCCAUCCCAUCUACGCCGCGCGGGAUAG